UUCGCCAAAAGUUUGUUUUUGUUUUCGUUCAUGUUUUGUGAUGAAAAUUUUAUUACUAUUUUUUACUGAAACUUCCAGAUAAAUUCAGGAAAUUUAAUUUAUCUCUAUAUCCGCGGAUAGGGUCAGACUACUCAGAAACUAUUUGCAUACGUGAUAAAUCAGAAGGUUAUAUUCCAAUGUGAACGGUAAUUAUCUUUUUGAUAUAAAGACUUAAUUUGGAACGCAACACAGCCAAAUUUUAUUUUCGUAUCAAGUUCCCGUAAAACGCUGUGAAAUAUGGAUGCAGUGUUCCGCUAUGUUCACAGCUGUGAUGUUAAUCAAAAAUUUCAAAUCAAAAUCGGAACACUUGAAGGCGAGCAUCAAGCACAUUCCUUCGAAAAACUUCUGCAGCAACCUUUAUUGAAGUUCACCGGAAUGAAUUCAGAGAAAUGUCCACCUCUGAAGGUCAGUGUUCAGGUUUUUGACGACGGUCAACCUAUUGGACUUCCGGUUACAACGUCAUACAAAAGUUUCUCCAGUCGUUGGAGUUGGAACGAGUGGUUAAGCUUGCCAUUACUGUUCAGUGACCUUUCGCGAAAUUCAAUUCUUACAAUCACGAUAUAUGAUUGCGGUGGACUUCCAGGCGACGAUGUCAUUGUGGGAGGAACUUCUUUAUCACUAUUCGGUAAAAGUGGCGUGUUUCGGCAGGGACUCUACGAUCUUAAGGUCUGGCCAGAAUUAGAAGGUGAUGGCUAUUACAAUUCUAAAACUCCAGGAAAAUGUAACGAUAAUAAUCAAAUGCAGCGACUUUCGAAAUUGGCUAAAAAACAUAGAAACGGGCAAAUUGAAAAAGUGGAUUGGCUUGAUCGACUUACUUUCAGGGAAGUCGAACUUAUAAAUGAAAAGGAAAAGCGAAGCUCACACUUUCUUUAUCUUAUGGUUGAAUUUCCAGAAUUCACGAUUGGCGACAAAACGUGUUCUGUGGUUUAUUAUGAACCUGACGGAGAUACCAAACAUUUGUUUGUCUCGAAGCCCAAAUUGGUUACUGUUCCAGAUUCAGAGAUAUUCCAAGAAAAUUUAGUAGAACGGAAACACCACAGAUUGUCUCGCUCAGCUAGAUCUGGACUAUCUGAUCGCGAUGCUAAACCAACAGCAGGUGUACGUGAUUUACUUCAUUCAAUAGUGUAUCGUUAUUCGCCCACGUCAGUUUUGAGUAGUGAAGAACAAGACUUGAUAUGGAAGUAUCGCUUUUACUUAAGUACUCAGAAAAAAGCUUUGACUAAAUUUUUAAAAUGUAUCAACUGGGAGACAGGUACGGAAGUUCGACAAGCACUCGCACUAUUAGCCAAAUGGGCACCAAUGGACGUAGAAGACGCACUGGAACUCUUGAAUUCUUCCUUCAGUCAUCAAACUGUGAGGCGUUACGCAAUAUCGCGCCUUGACCAGGCUGCAGAUGAAGAUCUUUUACUUUAUUUGCUCCAACUUGUCCAAGCUUUGAAGUAUGAACACUUUGAUGAGAUUGUCAAAUCCUACAACAAGCUCGCAUUAGAUAGAGAUAUGCUCAAAUCGAUCGAAGAAAAUUCCAUGGAAAAUAAUUUUGAGGUUUAUCCAGAAACUGAUGUGACCUCAUAUGAUAUUAAAGAAGACCAGUCAAGUAUCAGAACUAGUAGCACCCUGGAGAAUACUCCUGUUCCUUCGAGUAUUUCAAAAGCAGUGUACAGUGAGGACAAUUCUGUACCUUAUAAUUUAGCUACCUUUCUUAUUCAACGAGCUUGUAAGAAUCCAACUUUGGCAAAUUAUCUGUACUGGUAUUUGUCAAUCGAAUGUGAAGAAGAAUCCGUGCGCAAACAAGAUGAACGCGUGAGAGAAAUGUAUGUGACCGUACUAAAAAUAUUCAUUCGACAUCUUUCCGGAGGGAAUGCAGAACUUAAAACCAUUUAUCAAAGUCUGAAGGAACAGCAAAAAUUUAUCGAUAAUCUGGUGAAACUUAUCAAAAUGGUCGCGAAAGAGCCUGGUAAUAGAAAAAAGAAAACUGAAAAAUUUCAAACGCUUCUCUCAGAUACUGACGCAGUGAAGAUGAACUUCACGAAGUUUGAGCCCUUGUCGUUUCCUCUCAAUCCAGAUAUACAAAUAAGAGGAAUAAUAGCGGAAAAGGUGACCUUAUUCAAAAGCGCUCUCAUGCCAUCGAAGUUAACUUUCCUCACGACAACUCCUACCGAGUAUGUGGCAAUUUUUAAACAUGGUGACGAUUUACGCCAGGAUCAGCUAAUAUUGCAAAUGAUAACACUGAUGGACAAACUUCUGCAGAAAGAAAAUCUGGAUCUCAAACUAACCCCAUACCGGGUGUUAGCCACUAGUUCGAAGCAUGGAUUUAUGCAGUAUAUCGAGUCGAUAACAGUGGCUGAUGUGCUGACAGCUGAAGGUAGUAUACUCAACUUCUUCCGUAAACACCAUCCAUGCGAAAGUGGCCCGUUCGGCAUCGUCCCGGACGUUAUGGAUACUUAUAUUAAAAGUUGUGCUGGUUAUUGUGUUAUAACGUACAUUCUUGGUGUUGGUGAUCGUCAUUUGGACAAUCUUCUGUUGACAGAUACAGGAAAGCUAUUUCAUAUCGACUUUGGUUAUAUUUUGGGACGCGAUCCGAAACCCAUGCCGCCACCAAUGAAGCUCAGCAAAGAAAUGGUCGAAGCCAUGGGUGGGCUGAACUCCGAUUACUAUCAAGAGUUUCGUAAACUUUGUUAUACAGCAUUUCUUCAUUUGCGACGACAUGCUAAUGUGAUGUUGAAUUUGUUUGGGCUGAUGGUAGAUGCAUCAAUUCCUGAUAUUGCUCUGGAGCCGGAUAAGGCUGUAAAGAAAGUUGAAGAUAAUCUACGGCUAGAUUUAUCGGAUGAGGAAGCAGUGCAACAUUUGCAAAAUCUAUUGGACAUUUCAAUUACUGCUGUUAUGCCGGCCCUGGUAGAACAAAUUCAUAAAAUUGCACAGUACUGGAGAAAGUGAUGGAAAAAAUGUGAUGUAUUUUAUGAACGUAAAGCUUACAAUUAGAUACUAACUAAUUAUCUA